AUGGCUUCUGGCUCGAGUAGCAGUACUGCUGUCCCUGUCCCAGCAUCUGACGGCGGAGAAGCCACGUCGGUCCGUCAGAUGACUCCUGAGGAGCACUGGUGGUGGGGCACGCCGGAGCGCCUUAUGACCAACUUUCACGGCCAAUGGCGAUCGUGGAAGCCGCUCGAAUCAACGGACGAGAACCGAUCCAUGAAAUCCGUGCGGAAGAUGUGGGCCACGUCACCUGAUCGCACCAGUAUCGCCCACGUGGACUUUCAGGAGGAGGUGCCUCCACAGAUGCCCACGGCAGGUACCCAUUGGGACCUGGUGACUUUUGAGUCGACUCAAAAGUUGCCUCCACAGAUGCCCACGGCAGGUACCCAUUGGGACCUGAACGACUGGUACGAUUUUCAGGGCGAGAUGCCUGCAUACAUGCCCAAGGCGGGCGUGCAAUGGGACAUGUCGCUUGCACAGCACAGCCUUGACACGUCUCCGUACUCUCCCUCCCCUGCCCUCCCCUCCUCUCCCCCUCUCCCCCUCCCCCCCUCCCCUCCUCUCCCCUUCUCCCCCUCUCCCCUUCUCCCCCUCUCCCCUUCUCCCCCUCCCCCCCUCUCCCCCUCCCCUCCUCUCCCCCUCUCCCCUUCUCCCCCUCUCCCCCUCUCCCCCUCCCCUCCUCUCCCCUUCUCCCCCUCUCCCCCUCUCCCCCUCUCCCUCUCCCCUCCUCUCCCCCUCUCCCCCUCUCCCCCUCUCUCCCUCUCUCCCUCUCCCCCUCUCCCCCUCUCCCCCUCUCCCCCUCUCCCCCUCUCCCCCUCUCCCUCUCCCCUCCUCUCCCCCUCCCCCCCUCUCCCCCUCUCCCCCCGCACCAUCAGAACGACUGCAACCAUGUCCCGUCUUGGCUGCAGCAUUCAGUACGAAGCAGACGGAGCCUUCCGAACCUCAGUGGCAGUAGAAGAUUCGCUAGACACCAACGAACGCCGCCCGGCAGAUUGGGUCUCGCCCACGUGGGGCCCGGGCGGCCUCGCGUCCCGUCUGCCCGACCACCUGCCACCCGUUCCGGCACUAGAUGACAAGACAGUGGUGGGAACUCGCACCGUUCUGACUCGCAACCUGAUGGUCGAGGAGCGAGAACACUUGUCCUGGGCAGAGGAAUGGAGCCCUAACAGUGCCGCCGCUGCUGCUGCCGCUGCUGCACCUGCCGCAGCAUCUGCGGCGGCGGCAGGGUUCAUGGGGCGGGUGCCUCAAGGAGACGAGGAAAAGUACGAGGUGUUUUCUCUGCCCCAGGGGGUGGUGGCGUGCGGCCCUCGCUCGCUGCAGCUGGUGGCAGGGAGGCCGUUUGUGCUGUCAGCCACGUGGGUGGUGGGUGCUGGGCUGGUUGGAGAGGGGGAGGUGAAAAGGAUUACAGCCUACUGGGGGGCUGAUGGCGGCUUUGAACGCGUAGAGGGGGAAUGGUACAGGAGACAGGCGUAA